AACAGCGCCGUCAUCUUUUGGGUAGACCUCGAUUGUCGAUAACACGAAAUUGCUCACUACGCAGCCCAGCAAUCGUCUUCAUAGCAAAUUAGUCCAUUCGAGAAUUUUUUCGUAGCCUCAGUCCGCCACACCUUCUGGUUUUUGAUAACCUUCCACGAUGCACAUAUAUAUCGGUUGUCAAGGAGUUUUCUACCGCUGGGCACAGCUGGGAAAUUACAGGUCUCGACCAACUUUAAAUGAUCCAUCGAUUGUUGUGGGACAGAAGGCUGUCUGUGACACGAGUACGCCAAACCUCGUCCGCCGGCCCGCGUUAUGAAGAUUUCCAGGACUAUAUAUUUUCGCAGCAGAGCGAAUUGAAAACGGUCUAUCAUGUUACAAUCCAUAUUUCUCUUGUUUCUCUUCUCUGCCUCGCUAUCCUCUGCAUUUGUCCACCCUGGUCUUUUACACACGGAGGAGGACUUCGUCCGCAUUAAAGACAAAGUUAAUGCGCAAGCAGAGCCCUGGUACACCGCAUGGACCGCGUUGAUGGCCAAUAGUCACGCCCAGGCGACCUACACUAUGCGCGGACCCGUCACAGUCGUCGUUCGCGGCGCGGGCUCUGCUGAUGGCGCCGAAAACUACUCGUUGCUUUACAACGAUAUCGCCGCUGCCUAUCAGCUGGCCAUCCGUUGGCGCAUCUCCGACGAUACGAGUUAUGCCGACAAAGCAGUCGCCAUUCUUGAUGCAUGGUCGAGCACGCUUACAAGGAUCGGCGGAUCGUCAGACAGAUUUUUGGCUUCCGGAAUAUAUGGCUAUGAGUUCGCCAAUGCAGCCGAGCUGAUGCGUGACUAUUCUGGCUGGUCGGCGGACAGCUUUACACGCUUCCAGAACAUGAUGUCUAAUGUAUUCUACCCCGUGAACUUUGAUUUCUUGGAGAAUCAUAAUGGAGCAGCGUGGUACCACUAUCGAGCCAAUUGGGACAUCUGCAACAUGGCGUCUGCAAUAUCCAUUGGGAUUUUAGCCGAUAAUCAGACCAUGUUCGACUAUGCCGUAAAUGCAUUCACUGCGGACGUUGGAACGGGAAGUAUUGGGAAUGCGAUCUGGUUUAUUCAUACAGAGGAAGGUAGUGGGAAACGUCUAGGGCAGAACGAGGAGGCUGGGCGAGAUCAGGGUCAUGCUACGCUGGACUUUUCGCUGUGGGGCGCUUAUGCACAAGCUGCAUAUAAUCAAGGCGAAGAUCUUUUUGCUUAUAACGACAGUCAAAUUCUCGCAGGAUCCGAAUAUGUAGCCAAGUAUAAUGUCGGCUUCGAUGUCCCAUAUGUUCCGCAUGUCAACGCAGACUACAACGAAACUGUCAUCUCUGCAUCUGGUAGAGGCUCAGUAAGGCCUUCGUGGGAGCUGUUAUAUGCUCAUUACGGCUCUCUGAAAGGCCUGAAUGCUUCUUGGACCGAACAGAUGCGUGAUUUUGUCUUAAACGCGUCUGCGAACGGCGUCGAAGGUGGCGGAGGUGACUACGGACCUAAUUCGGGUGGCUAUGACCAACUGGGAUACGGGACAUUGUUAUAUCGUCUAGAGUAAUCACACCUGAAGGACAACUAAAUCAUCAGUUUCCCAGUUGUUGGUUGUUCUCUAUUCGACUUCUUGAAUUUUCCCAGUAAGAAUGACGUUGUGGCCCGAAAGGGCUUUAAACACAGAUAUUUUCUUUGCCCUUGUGCAAGAUACUUAUGAGUUCC